AGCAGAAACGCAGCUCAAGUGAUUCAUAUUGAAACAUUGUUGAAGACUAACAAUGCUGGCCGGAUCCUCUUCCCCCAGGCCUGAGGGGCUUGGGCUGGAUCUGGGGGCACCCAUGUCACCUGACGUCGGCAGGCCCUGACCACCACACCUCUGGAUCUGCUUUGCUAAGGCAUGGAGGCAGAAGAAGUUUCAAGGGCUGAAGACGGAGCUGAGUAUCCAGGUUCUAAAAAUGAAGGCCAGCCUGAUGUUGCUCAGCCUGACUUCCCACAUGGAGGGCAAUCUCCUGGUCCCACUGCUCUCUGGGAGAUGCUAGAAAGGAAAUUUCUAGAAUACCAGAAGUUGGCUCAUGGGAGCCUGGCUGAACAUCAGCAGAGCCUGUUGGAUCUCCUUCCGCUGUUCCUGAAGGCCUGGGAAAACUCCGUGGGGAUCAUCUGCUUUCCCAGUCUCCAAAGGCUGGCAGAAGAUACUUCAAACCAGCUUGCCCAAGAGAUACAGAAGGCACUUGUGGGAAAGCCUGCAGAGCAAGCCAGGGAGGCAGCUGGGCAGUUGCUGCGGUGGAAGGGGGAUGUGGAUCAGGAUGGCUACCUGCUCCUGAAGUCAGUAUUUGUGCUCACAGGGACAAACUCGGAGACACUGGGCAGAGUUGCUGAGUCUGGCCUUCCAGCCCUGCUCCUGCAGUGCCUUUACCUCUUCUUUGUCUUUCCUCUGGAAAAGGACGAGCUUUUGGAGAGUGAUGUUCAAGUUCAGAGGAUGUUUGUGCAGAUGUUGCUGAACAUUUGCUGUGAGUCUCAGGGGCUGGAGAAACUUCUAUCAGGAAAUGAGCUUCAGUCUCUAGUGAUUGCCACUACCUGUCUUCGGGAACACAGCUGCUGUUUUUGGAAGGAACCCACCUUCUGUGUGCUGAGGGCAAUCUCCAAAGCCCAGAACCUCGGCAUCAUCCAGUACUUGCAGGCCAUGGAUUGCAUCAAGCUCUCCCUUCAGAACCUCUCCAAGCUUGCGGACAGCCUCCCCGCUCCUGAGGUGAGCGAGGCAGUGAACCUCAUCUUGGGCUUUGUGAAGGACUCCUACCCCGUCUCCUCAGCUCUGUUCCUAGAGUUUGAGAAUGGAGAGGGCUACCCUCUGCUCCUUAAAGUGUUACUUCGGUAUGACGGGCCAACACAGAGUGAAGUGGACCCCCACCUGGAGGAGCUCCUUGACCUGGUGGUGUGGCUGACAACCUGUGGGAGGUCAGAGCUGAAGGUGUUUGACAGCGUCACGUACCCUCAGCUGGAAGGCUUCAAGUUCCAUCAUGAGGCUUCUGGGGUGACUGUGAAGAAUCUUCAGGCCUUCCAAGUCCUACAGAACGUUUUCCACAAAGCCAGCAACCCCAUCCUCUGCACCAAAGUCCUAGCAGCCAUCAGGAUCAUGUGGGCCUGGAAUGCCCGUAACUUCUUCCUGCUGGAGUGGACCUUGCAGCCCAUCUCGCAGUUUGUGGAGAUCAUGCCCCUGAAGGCAGCCCCAGUGCAGAAGCAAUUCUUCCAGCUGCUGGAGGCCCUGGUCUUCGAGCUGCAUUAUGUGCCCCACGAGAUCCUGGGGAAGGUGCAGUGCCUGAUCAAGGAGAGCCCCGAGUCACCGUGCUCCCUGGUGGCCCUGCAGAGUGUCCUCAAGAUAGUUGGCAGGGACCUUCUCUUCACUGACAUCUUCCGGGACUCUGGUCUCCUUGGCUUGCUGCUGGCCCAGCUGCGGAAGCGGGCCAAGAUCCUGAGGAAGUCAGGAAACAAAGAGUCCAUGCUUGGUGUUCAGGAUACAGAAAGAGAACUGACCUGUGUGAUGCUGAGAACUGUGGUCACACUUCUGAGAGGCUCAGUACGGAAUGCAGUUGUCCUCAAAGACCAUGGCAUGGUGCCCUUCAUCAAGAUCUUCCUGGAUGAUGACUGGUACCGGGGAGCCUCGCUUAGCAUCCUGGAGCAGCUGUCUGUCAUCAAUGCUGAGGAGUACAUGAGCAUCAUUGUGGGCGCUCUCUGUUCGUCCACUCAAGGCGAGCUGCAGCUGAAGCUGGAUCUUCUGCAGUCUCUCCUCAGGAUCCUGGAGACCCCCAAAGGCCGUGCUGCUUUCAGAGUGUCCAGUGGCUUCAAUGGACUCUUGUCGCUGCUCUCUGACCUGGAGGGGUCGCUCCAGGAGCCCCCGCAGCAGACGUGGGCGAUGGUGUCCCCCAGCCAGACCCUGGACCUGGUCCUGCACACCCUUUGUGCUUUGUCCGCGGCAUUGCACCUGGACCCCGUCAAUGGUGACUUCUUCAAGAGGAAUGGGCUUUUUGAGAAGUUGGCUGAAGACCUCUGUUUGCUGGGCUGUUUCGGAGCCCAGGAGGAAGAGGGAGCCCCUCGGCACUCCGGGGCGGACACAAAAGCCAGGCCAUUUGCUGAUUUGCUGAGUGUGGCCUUUACCUCUAGGAGCCCAUUCCCACCCAAGAUACAGAGCUGCCUCCAGAUCCUCAGCUUUCUGGACAGCAUGGCCAGUGGCACCCUUCACCUACGCAGAGACCUGAAGGAGUCCCCAAGGGCUGGGCAGGACCCAGCUGUGAAUGCCCAGAAGAAAGAAGCUGGUAGGGAUGCCCAAGGCAACUUCAAGCAGUGGCCAGACAUGGAGGAGAGGGUGGAUGAAGGGGACGCUGUGAUCAUGCACCCUGGGGUCCUGUGCAUCAUGGUGAGACUGCUGCCUCGGUUGUACCACACAGACCACCCCCAGCUUUCCCAGGAGAUCCAGUGCUCCAUGGCCAGUCACAUCCAGUCCCUGGUGAAGUCGGAGAAGAACCGUCAGGUCAUGUGCGAGGCGGGGAUGCUUAGGACCCUCAUGGCCUCCUGUCGCCAGGCCCUGACCACCAGCUCCAGCCCCUUGCACUCGGGCCUCAUCAGGAUUUUUGAAAAGCUUGCCUCCCAAGCCAUUGAACCAGAUGUGUUAAGACAGUUUCUCGGUCUUGGAAUUCCCCCACCUCUGUCGGCUGCAACGAAAAUCCUCCAUUCGUCUUGUCUGCACAGAGGGGACCCUGGAGGCUCAGGGUCCCAGGCUGCAGCAGCAGGGACUGGUGAGGGUCCCGCGGGAGCCGCCAUGGAUGCCGGCCCUGGCCCAGCAGUCACACAUACCUUCAGGGCCUCGGGGACGUCCCAGGGCUCAACCACUGCCCUUCAGACCUCGCUGAGCCUCAUCUCCAUGACCUCCCCACGCCACCUGCAGCCUCAGAGGGCGGUCCUGGCUCCAUCGUUUGUGGAAUUUGACAUGUCCAUGGAAGGUUAUGGCUGUUUGUUUAUUCCGACCCUGUCUACAGUUAUGGGAAGCAGCACAGAGUAUCUGGUCUCUGGAGGGAUUGGGACAGGUGCUGCCAGGUCAUUCCCUCCAUCUGCGGGCCUGACCUUCUCCUGCUGGUUCCUGAUCAGUAGGCACAGCACAGUCCUUGAGGGCCACCCGCUGCGCUUCCUAACCCUGGUGCGUCACCUGGCCAGGACCGAGCAGCCUUUCGUCUGCCUCUCUGUCAGCCUGUGCCCGGACGACCUCUCCUUGGUUGUGUCUACGGAAGAGAAAGCGUUUCAGCCCCUGGACAUCAUGGAGCCCGAGGAUGAUCCCGAGCCUUCUGCCGGCCGCCAGCUGCGGGUCAGGUGUGGCCAGCUGCUGGCCUGCGGUCAGUGGCACCACCUGGCUGUGGUAGUCACCAAGGAAAUGAAAAGGAAUUGCUUCGUUUCCACCUAUCUGGAUGGACAGAUCACCGGCUCGGCCAAGAUGUUGUAUAUUCAGGCCUUACCAGGGCCUUUCCUUUCAAUGGAUCCAUCUUCAUUUGUAGAUGUUUAUGGAUAUAUUGCUACCCCUCGACUUUGGAAACAAAAGUCAUCAUUAAUAUGGCGUCUUGGGCCUACGUACCUUUUUGAAGAAGCCAUCUCAGUGGACACUCUGGAAGUUAUUAACAAACUUGGCCCAAGAUACUGUGGUAACUUCCAAGCUGUGCAUGCUCAAGGAGUGGACCCUGAUAUAGAAGCGACGCCCCUCAUUGCUGAGGAAAAGGUUUCCUUUGGCCUUCACUUAGCCAGCUCCUCCACCACCAGGGUUACAGACAUCAGAAACACUUACAGUGAGGUGGACAGCCGCCUGAUUGCCAAAGAGAUGAACAUUUCAUCCCGUGACAAUGCCACACCUGUGUUCUUGCUAAGAAAUUGUGCUGGCCACCUCUCGGGUUCUCUCCGAACCAUUGGCGCUGUGGCUGUGGGCCAUUUAGGCGUAAGGGUGUUCCACUCCAUCCCGGCAGCCAGCAGCCUGGACUUCAUUGGCGGGCCCACCAUCCUCCUGGGCCUCAUUUCCUUAGCGACAGAUGACCACACCAUGUACGCGGCCGUGAAAGUCCUGCACUCUGUCCUGACCAGCAAUGUCAUGUGCGAUCACCUAAUGCAGCACAUCUGUGGGUACCAGAUAAUGGCUUUUCUCCUGAGGAAAAAGACCUCUCUCCUAAACCAUCGAAUUUUUCAGCUCAUCCUCUCGAUUGCUGGCACUGCAGAGCUAGGCUUCGGGUCAUCUGCUGUCACCAACGUUGGCGUCUUUCAACACAUCCUCUGCAAUUUUGAGCUCUGGACAAACACCGCGGACAGCCUGGAGCUCUCCCUCUUUUCCCACCUUGCAGAAAUCCUUCGAUCACCAAGGGAAGGACCCCGGAAUGCUGAGGUUGCUCACCAGGCCCAGCUUAUACCCAAGCUCGUCUUCCUCUUCAAUGAGCCGGGCCUCACCUUCUCCAAGAUCCCCACCAUCAUUGCCAUCUUGGGCUGUCAGCUGAGGGGCCACUUCAGCAUCCAGGACUUGCUCAGAAUUGGACUGUUUGUUGUGUACACCCUCAAGCCUUCUUCGGUGAACGAGAGGCAGAUCUGCGUGGAUGGGGGCCUGGACUCCUCGGUGCCUGCUGGAAGCCAAACAUCUGGAAAGACAAUCUGGCUCAGAAACCAGUUGCUGGAGAUGCUGUUCAGUGUAAUAUCUUCCUCCCAACUUCAUCUGUCCUCUGAGACAAAGGAAGAGAUGUUUCUGAGCCUGGGGCCUGACUGGUUCCUGCUCCUCGUGCAGGGCCACGUGCAUCCCAGCACCACCGUGCUAGGGUUGAAACUGUUGCUGCACUUUCUGGCAAGCCCCUCCCUCCGCGGGCGAUUUAAAGAUGGCCUGUGUGCGGGAUCCUGGGUGGAGCGCAGCUUGGAGGGUGUGGACAUUGUGAUAGAUAACCUGAAGAGCCAGGCCCCCACGCCUGACCAGAGCCCCAGCCUGCUUCCUGGGUUCCGCGUCCUGAAGGACUUUCUGGGCCACCAUGUGCAUAUUCCGGAAGUCUACCUCAUUGUGUCCACCUUCUUUCUGCAGACGCCACUUACAGAGCUGACGGAUGGGCCCAAAGAUAGCCUGGAUGCCAUGCUCCAGUGGCUCCUGCAGAAGCACCACAAUGAAGAAGUCCUCCGGGCUGGGCUGUGCACUGAAGGUAUCCUGCUGCUCCUGGAAAUGCUGAAAGCCACCAUGAGCCAGCCCCCAGGAGGCUCUGGAGAUGACGCCUGGGAACGGACGUUCCCUGCCAGUGUGCUGCAUUUCCUUGGCUGUGUGCACAGCACCUACCCCCAGGAUCCCGCCUGGCGAGCCCCGGAGUUCCUCCAGACGUUGGCUGCAGUCAUCUUCCCUCUGGGGACCCACAAGGAGCCCAUGACUCAGCCUGUCCAGAAUGCUAGCAGCCCCGGGGUGGAAGCCGAAGGUGACGACAUUGUAGAGGGUCCACAGGCUCCUGCCAAGUCACAUCCCACACGGAAGCAGCUGAGGGAGUUCAUGCAGCGACUGCUGAGGGACUCCUUGCUGGCGGCCUCCAACCCCAAGCAGUGGCUGCUUCUGGAAGUGCUCCUGGAGGCUUCUCCACACAAUGCCACCAGCCAACAGAAGCGAGACUUCCAGUCUGAGGUCCUGCUUUCCACCAUGGAAAUAUUUCACAUGCUGAAUGGGGGCAAUGUGCCCAUGCUCAGAGGCAGUAAAGAGCCUCAGCCAAAUGCAGAAGCUGCUGCUGCUCCUUCACUUGCAAACAUCUCCCACUUCACCCAGAAGCUGGUGGAGAAAUUGUACAGUGGGAUGUUCUCAGCAGACCCCAGACACAUUCUUCUCUUCAUCACAGACCGCAUCGUGGUGGUCAUUGAGAAUGCCUCUUCUCAAAGGGAAGCUGUCAUCAGUGCUUUAUACAGCAGUUUAAAUAAAGUCAUUCUGUACUGCCUGUCCAAGCCCCAGCAAUCCCUCUCCGAGUGCCUCAGUCUUCUCAGCAUCUUGGGCUUCCUACAGGAACACUGGGACAUUAUCCUUGCUACCUAUAACUCCAACGUCAGCUUCCUCCUGUGUCUCAUGCAUUGCUUUUUGCUCCUCAGUGAGAGAAGUUAUCCAGAAGGAUUUGGAUUGGAACCCAAGCCUAGAAUGACUCCUUAUCAUCAAGUGUUUCUUUCUCCAAAUGAAGAAGGGAGAGAAAAAGGAGAGGAAGACUUACCAAGUUUGAGCGAUGUCCAGCACAACAUCCAAAAGAUUGUGCGAACCCUAUGGCAGCAGCUCGUGGCACAGAGGCGGCAGGAGCUGGAAGACACCUGCAAGAUUGAUCUCUCUGUGAAACCUGGAGAGAGUGAAGUGAAGAUUGAAGAGAUUACCCCACUCUGGGAGGAGACGAUGCUCAAGGCCUGGCAGCAUUACUUAGCAUCUGAGAAGAAGUUGCUGGCCAGUCGCUCGAGCGUGGGACACCACAGCAAAGUGUCUUCAUGGAGUGGUAGCUUAUCUUCGGCCAUGAGGCUGGUGCCGGGCAGGCAGGCCAAGGAACCUGAGUGCAAGACAGAGGACUUUGUGUCAUGUAUCGAGAACUACAGAAGAAGAGGACAGGAACUGUAUGCAUCUUUAUACAAAGAUCAUAUACAGAGGCAGAGAUGUGACAACAUCAAGGCAGCCAACACCUGGGCCAGGAUUCAGGAGCAGCUUUUUGGGGAGCUGGGCUUGUGGGGUCAAACAAAAGAAGCCACACUUUGCUCCAGAUGGGAACUGGACUGGAGAGAAGGGCCGGCUCGCAUGAGGAAACGCAUCAGACGCUUGUCUCCGCUGGAGACCCUGAGUCCAGAAAGGCUCAAGGAAAACCAAGACAGAAAUGGCAGUGUUUCUGAAACAAAUGUUGAAAAGCAAGAUGAGCUGACACCAAAGGAAGCCGAGAGCGGGAGAGAGGAGGUGGCGGUGGACUGCACCCAGCUGACCUUCUUCCCUGCCUUACAUGAAAGUCUGCACUCUGAUGACUUCUUGGAACUGUGUCGGGAAAGACAAGUUAUUUUACAAGAGCUCCUUGACCACGAAAAGGUGACACAGAAGUACUCCCUGGUGAUCGUGCAGGGCCAUCUGGUCUCCGAAGGGGUCCUACUCUUUGGCCAUCAGCACUUCUACAUCUGCGAGAACUUCACGCUCUCUCCCGUGGGGGAUGUCUACUGUACGCGCCACUGCUUAUCCAACAUCAGUGAUCCAUUCAUCUUCAACAUGUGCAGCAAAGACAGGUCCUCCGACCAUUACUCGUGCCAGAGUCACAGCUACGGGGAUCUCCGGGAGCUCCGGCAGGCUCGCUUCCUGCUGCAGGACAUCGCUCUGGAGCUCUUUUUCCAAAAUGGAUAUUCCAAGUUUCUUGUCUUUCACAACAACGAUCGGAAUAAGGUCUUCAAAAGCUUCUGCUCUUUCCAGCCCACCUUGAAGGGGAAAGGCAUCACAGAGGACCCCCUCAAUCUAAGGAGAUACCCAGGCUCCGACCGGACCAUGCUGCAGAGGUGGCAGAAAAGGGACAUCAGCAAUUUUGAGUAUCUCAUGCACCUCAACACCGUGGCCGGGAGGACCUACAAUGACUACAUGCAGUACCCAGUGUUUCCCUGGGUCCUGGCUGACUACACCUCACAGACAUUGAACUUGACGAAUCCCAAGACUUUCCGCGAUCUCUCAAAGCCUAUGGGGGCUCAGACCAAGGAAAGGAAGCUGAAAUUCAUCCAGAGGUUUAAAGAGGUUGAGAAGACUGAAGGAGAUAUGACUGUCCAGUGUCACUACUGUACUCACUAUUCCUCGGCCAUCAUUGUCGCCUCCUACCUGGUCCGGAUGCCACCCUAUACCCAGGCCUUCUGCUCUCUGCAGGGUGGAAGCUUUGAUGUGGCAGACAGAAUGUUCCACAGUGUGAAGAAUGCGUGGGAGUCGGCCUCUAGGGAGAACAUGAGUGACGUCAGGGAGCUGACUCCAGAGUUCUUCUACCUGCCCGAGUUCCUCGUCAACUGCAACGCCGUGGAGUUUGGCUGCAUGCAGGACGGGACAGCACUGGGAGAUGUGCAGCUCCCUCCCUGGGCUGAUGGGGACCCUCGGAAAUUCAUCAGCCUGCACAGACAGGCUCUGGAAAGUGAUUUUGUCAGUGCCAACCUCCACCACUGGAUAGACCUCAUCUUUGGGUAUAAGCAGCAGGGGUCAGCUGCAGUGGAAUCUGUUAAUACCUUCCACCCCUACUUCUAUGGUGACAAAGUGGACCUCAGCAGCAUCAGUGACCCCUUGAUCAGGAGCACCAUCCUUGGGUUUGUCAGCAACUUUGGACAGGUGCCCAAACAGCUCUUUACAAAACCCCACCCAGCCAGGACUGCUGCGGGCAAGCCUUCACCUGGAAAGGAUGUCGCCCUGCCUGGGAGCCUGCCCAGCCACCCGCAGCCCUUCUUCUACAACCUGCAGGCACUGAAGCCCUCCCAGGUCACAGUCAAAGAUAUGUACCUUUUCUCUCUAGGCUCCGAAUCCCCCAAAGGAGCCAUUGGCCACAUCGUCCCCACCGAGAAAAGCAUCCUGGCCGUGGAGAGGAACAAGGUGCUGCUGCCUCCUCUCGGGAACAGGACCUUCAGCUGGGGCUUUGACGACUUCAGCUGCUGUCUGGGGAACUACGGCUCUGACAAGAUUCUAAUGACGUUCGAGAACCUGGCUGCCUGGGGCCGCUGUCUGUGUACCGUGUGCCCGGCCCCCACCAUGAUCAUCACCUCUGGGGCCAGCGCCGUGGUGUGUGUGUGGGAGCUCAGCAUAGCCAAAGGCCGCCCAAGAAGCCUGCACCUCAGGAAGGCCUUGUAUGGACACACCCAGGCUGUCACAUGCCUGGCAGCGUCGGUCACCUUCAGCCUCCUGGUCAGUGGCUCCCAAGACUGCACCUGCAUCCUGUGGGACCUGGACCACCUCACCCACGUGGCCCGCCUGCCCACCCACCGAGAGGGCAUCUCUGCUCUCGCCAUCAGUAAUGUCUCGGGCACCAUUGUCUCCUGUGCGGGAGCCCACUUGUCUCUAUGGAAUGUCAACGGACACCCCUUGGCCAGCAUCACCACUGCCUGGGGCCCUGAAGGAGCCAUAACCUGCUGCUGCGUGCUGGAGGGGCCAGCAUGGGACACAAACCAUGUCAUCAUCACUGGGAGUCAAGACGGCAUGGUUCGGAUUUGGAGGACCGAGGACAUGAAGACAUCUGUUCCAGGGCUGGCAGCCCCAGAGGAGCCCUCCACUCCACCUCCAAGCCCUAGAGGUCACAGGUGGGAGAAGAAUCUUGCCCUGUGUCGAGAGCUGGAUGUCAGCCUUGCCUUGACCGGGAAGCCCAGCAAGACCAGCCCUGCGGUGACAGCUCUGGCGGUGUCCAGAAACCAGACCAAACUCCUGGUCGGCGAUGAGAAGGGGAGAAUAUUCUGCUGGUCUGCAGAAGGGUAGGAAGAAAGAGACGGCGGAGGUCUGGCCCAGCGGCGUGUGUCCUGAGAGGUGGCAGCACCCCGCGAAGGCAGGCUGACGCAGUCCCUGGGGCGCAGAGAAGCCUCCCCCGAGGAAGGGGCUGCUGGCCCUCAGAGCUGCACACCCUGAACUGCUCCACGGCCUGUAGGACUUUGGCUUUGGAUUGUCCAAGGACGUGCUCUACAAAAAGGAGAGCGCCUGGGAGCCUGCGAGCAGUGAUCUGGAAACCAUGACUCGCUCACAAGCUGCCCACGAACUCAUGAGACUCACCUUUUCAAAGGGCUAAUAGGGUCACUUACUGGAAACUAAUGGGAACACUGGAUUGUCUUUAUUUUAUUAAAACAACUAUUUUCCAGAA